AUGCGCUCCUUAGCUUUCAUCUUUACCUUUCUGCCAGCGCUCGGGCUCGCAGUACUGCCGAAGGACGUCACGUAUCCGCGCCGCGUCUUUUCCAAGGGUCACAUCACGUCUCGCUCCGGCUCUGCAACACCCAAGCCGACGGGCUCGUUCGAUUCACCCCAGGGUGGUGUGUUUACAGGACAGGUCUCAAUCUGCACGCAGCCAAUUGUCACCGUCACGACUACUGUGACUGAUGUCUGCCUUGACCUUGCUCAUGGUAAGCCUACGCUUGGCGGUUUGGCUCAUGGCGACAACAAGCACGAUGCUGCGGAGCCUGCUAAGUCCGCUACUGUUACAUGGUCGGACUCGGAUAACACAAGCACUGGUGUUGCGCCCUGGCCACUCAUCACAAAGACCAGUACUAGGACCGACAAGGGGUCCACCACGACCAAAUAUCGGGUUGUUACUUACACCGACUGGGCGGACACUUACAGCGUGUCCACGGCGACUAUCAAGCUGAACACGACUUCCGUCUCUGGCAUCUUCAUCAACCCUGCCUUCAUCAAGACUUACGGCGCAGUUAAAACGAGAACCUCCACUCUUAUUGACUUCCAAACCAAAACGAAGGUCCCUGCUCAUACCAACGUUCCUGAGCCGUCUGAUACAGCUGAUGAGUCCUCGGAUGACGAUAUCCAUGCCAGCGAGACCCGGCUUCCCGAACACCCAAGUAUCCCGGUGCCUAUCAGCGUCAUGAACGGACACGAAGACGACCAUUCGGGCGGCGAGGCAGGUCGCAAGAAGCCGAACUACUAUGGUGACAAUGACGAUGACGAGGAAUUCGGCGGGCAUCUCGACGAUGGCGCCAGAAUAUUUGCUUUUCUCGAGGCCCACGGCGGUAAAUGGGAAGUGUUGACAACCGCGAUUUCCAAAGAACGUGAAACUUCAGUCAAAGCCUCGACAAGCCAAGGUCCGACCAGGCCUCGCGCAACUAAGCCCCACGUGUCGUCGUCGACACAUCACAGCACGGAGGCUCACCUCAGCAAGAACUUCAUUGCAUCCAGUUUGCUCUCCUCGACCGCUAGUAUUAUCCUCAGCGAUCCGGUUCUUGUUGACCCAAUGAUCCCGACCAACAUCCCAUCUGGGCCAGCGUCGACCUUGGGUCAUGGCUCAAAGUCCUCCAGUGCUGCGAAAACUGCGAAGACUAAAUCUCACAAAUCCAAGACCAUCACUACGCCGUCGGUGCCCAGUAGCAAGACUAAAACUUCAUCCAAACAGCAUAUAUCCACCACACCUACAACAUCGAUCCCUACUAGCAAGACCACAACUUCAUCCAAGCAGCCUACAUCCACUACAUCCGAGACCACCACUACGCCUGAGACCACCACCACGCCUCAGACCACUAGUACACCUGAGAUGCCCACGACAACGUCUGUUCCCACUACUACGCCUGAGACGACUACUACAUUCGAGAUCCCCACCACUUCGCCUGAGACCACAACUAUACCUGAGCCCACAACUAUACCUGAGCCCACAACUAUACCUGAGCCCACAACUAUACCUGAGCCCACAACUAUACCUGAGCCCACCACUACACUUGAGACUAGUACUAUUCCUGAGACCAGAACUAUUCCUGAGACCACUACAACAACUGAGAUCACCACUAAAACGCCUAUCCCCACUACCACUAUACCUGAGACCACCACUACAACGUCUAUCCGCACUAUAACGUCUUUCCCCACCACAACGUCUAUUCCCACUACAACGCCAAUCUCCACUACAACGCCAAUCUCCACUACAACGCCAAUCUCCACUACAACGCCAAUCUCCACUACAACGCCAAUCUCCACUAUAACGUCUAUUCCCACUACUACGUUGGUCUCUACUAGCAAGACCAAGUCGCCAUCCAAGCAGCCUGCGUCCACCAAGCCUAAGACCAAGACGUCACCCAAGCAGCCUGUGUCUACCAAGCCUAAGACCAAGACGUCAUUCAAGCAGCCUGUGUCUACCAAGCCCAAGAUCCAGACGUCAUCCAAGCAGCCUGCAUAUACCAAGGCCAAGACCACCACUGCACCGUCGACCCACGCUACCAAGAACAAGACUUCAUCCAAGCGGCCUCCAUCUGCAACAAGCUAUCGACAUUCCGAGCCUCUUGUUGCGGAUAUUCCUUUGCCGACCCCGCCAUACAGUGGGACCUAUGUCGCUCACUUCCCGCUCUCCAGCCUCACACUUUCUUACAAGCCGGUGCAUCAUGGACACAUCUCAGCAGCAUCUCACUCGAGCCAGGCCUCGAAAGCUACCGAGACAGAUACCCUGCUCCCUUCUCCUAGCGCGACUGUGACAGAGCAUGCUCCGCUGGGCAGCACAUCUGGAUCCGGAGAAAAAUCCAGUAAGGUGACUGGGGGACAGCCGAAGCCGACACCUACGAAAUUACGUCCGGGUUCCGAAGAUGGUGCGUGA